AUCUUAAAUAGCCGCGACACGCCACCCACCACCAAACCCUACCCCCCCGUGACAGCGUGACUUCCUUCCGGUUGCUUCCGCGCAGCGACUUCCAAUCCAAUCGACCCCCGAUUCCGAUCAACCCGAUCGACCUCGUCCCCCCCGGCUGCGCCCUUCGAUCGGUUGGAGAUGGCCAAGACUUCGUUCAAGCUCGAGCACCCCAUGGAGAGGAGGCAGGCUGAAUCUGCUAGGAUCCGAGAGAAGUACCCAGACAGAAUUCCUGUGAUCGUUGAGAAGGCGGAUAAGUCUGAUGUUCCAGAGAUUGACAAGAAGAAGUAUCUUGUACCAGCCGACCUAACUGUUGGUCAGUUUGUCUACGUGGUGCGGAAGAGGAUUAAGCUGAGCCCAGAAAAGGCCAUCUUUGUGUUUGUGAACAGCACCUUGCCACCAACUGCAUCUUUGAUGUCUGCGAUCUAUGAAGAGAACAAGGAUGAAGACGGCUUUCUUUACAUGACUUACAGUGGCGAGAACACAUUUGGCUUGUUGGCCUAAAGCAUCUGCCCCAGCCACUGUAAAUAAAUGGAUGAUCAAGUGGUCAUCGUCUACCCCUGUGUACAUACUUCGUCUCUAGUAUGCUGGUGGUGUGCUGUCAUGCGUCCUUAAGUAUUUCAUAUUCGAUCGUCUGAAAUUCGGAACGGCCUGUAAAGCUAUAUACAAUUCACUUCCAGGUCGAAGAUUUAUCUAUCCCACUUCUGCAUUCGGUCUCCUUGCUCUGAUUGGUUUUACUCA